AUGGCUGAUCAAGACAACCAUGAGUGUGGAUAUUUCCCCAUGGGUGAAGGAUCCAGAUCAGGAUCGCCAAGUUCAAUACGAAGCGAUCCGUUGUCUAUGCAUGCACCCUCUCCCAUCAUGGCGUCCCUUGCUGCCCUACAAUACUUGCCGAUUCCCGUCCUGGUCUUGUCUUCCCAAAAGACAGUGGCACUGGCAAAUGAAGCUAUGGGUAGGUUAUUGGAUAUAGACUUCGAGAGUAUUUCAGAAGUGCUUCAAAAUAAGACCAUGGGCGAACUUGGCAUCGACAUCCUUCAAAAUGGUUCCCCGGUCCUUAUCACCUGGGAGGACUUUCUGGACAGUGUCGUAGAAGACUCGAAGCUGGUCAACAUUCCCGAUGCAGAGAGUGAAGAUCCCACAGGCAGCGGCCACACUACACCUACUGCAGCAAGGACACCUCAGCAAGCGAUGCCGCCUGACGACCAGCCGUUGCCCAAAUUGAGCAUCACCAAUCUCGCACGUACAAUGGUUUACGAUGUUGCUGUGGACGUUGUCGUUGCCCCGCUCCAAAAGCCCGACAGAAGCUCUGCAUACAAACAUGCCAUGCAGGUAUCCUGUAUCGUUUCCAUCUGGAGCAUCGAGGAAACCCCCUAUUACACGCUGUCGUUUACAAGCGCGAACGCUACUGAGACUACACCCAAAGCUUCCAGUCGAAUUGUGAACCGGUCCAAUACGGGGCCAUACUUGAACAAAUCCCGAAGCUCUGGCUCCAGUACAUCCUCUGGUCACCGUUCCGGGAGCAAUUCAAACACAGCUUCCAAAGCUGUUACGCCUAUACUACAGCAACCGGAAUUUCCUCCCAGGGGUCCACCGCAGCGGCGGGGGGAUAUCACAGCUUCUGCAUCUGUAUUCCAGAAGGUCACACAGUUGAAGGACGCAAUACUAAACUCAAUCAACCUCCCAAGUUUUGCAUUGUCGCAUGACGAGAGCCUUGGCUUACCUAACAAAGCCCUACUUCGCCUUCUCCCCAAAGAUCGAAUGUACUCAGCAGGCGAUCAAAGAGAUUUUCUCUCCCAGUUUCCCGUGUGGACUGACGAUUUUCAACGCACAUUAUCAGUUGAUGAGUUCCCAGUCGUAGAAGUCUGUCGUUCACGGAAACGAGUAAAGACGCGAAUCGGUAUGCGACAACCUGUCACAGGUACCCGAAUCGUAUUUGAGGUCAGCGGAGAGCCUGUCUAUCAUGAUGAAAGUGGUGAGUUCCUUGGUGGAAUCGUGGUUUUCAAGGACAUCACCGAGUACGCCAAUGAGAUUGCCGCUCAGAUCCAAGAGAAUGAGAGACAGUUUGAGUCCAUCGCAAACUUUAUGCCGGUCAUGGUCUGGACAACGACACCAGACGGACUACAUGAUUGGUUCUCGCAGCGCUGGUAUGAUUAUACUGGGCUCACAGUUGAGCAAUCCAUUGGCGAAGGCUGGCGACUUCCCUUCCAUCCAGAGGACAUGAAAAUAACUGUAAAAAGCUGGUUUCACUGUUUGAAAACGGGCGAGGAGUACAACACAGAGUACAGGUGCCAACGAUUCGACGGAGAGUGGCGUUGGAUGCUUGGGCGAGCUCUGCCAAUCUUCGAUGACUCGGGGCGGAUUGUGAAGUGGAUCGGGACGUGUACUGACAUUCAUGAUCUAGUCGUGGCGAGGCAAGAAGCACGGCGAACAAGGGAGCAGCUACAGCAAGUUAUACAACAUGCCAAGAUCCUUUUGUGGGCUGUGAACCGCGACAACAAGCUGGUGCUUCUCGAAGGUGACGAUGGAGAUACGAAGGAUGAUGGCAAGCUUGGAGGGGGUGGAAACAGAGAAGAGAUGCUGGGCCAGGACAUAUACGAUGUGUUCCAGAUACCUGCCAUGGAACGAGAACGUUGGCAAGAACCGAUUCACGAGAUCCUCGAGGGGAAACAGCAAACUGAAAUUGUCAUGGGUCGAUAUAUUUCCGAAGCACGCUUCUAUCGAACACGCCUUGUCCCUUUACUAAACACGUCCCGGACAGCAGGAGUGGAUGGAAAGGUGUUUGUUGAUGGGGUCAUUGGCGUGUCCAUGGAUGUUACCGAAUUGCGCGAAAGAGAGGAACAAUUGCGCGAACAAGAGAAGGAAAACUCGAGACUUCUCGCCAACACCGCAGCUGCAAAAGAAGCAAGCCGUAUGAAAAGCAAUCUGCUGGCGAACACUUCACAUGAAUUACGUACACCAAUCGCCGGGGUCAUUGGCAUGAGUGAAUUGCUUUUCGACAUGGACCUGAACGAGGAACAAAAAGAGUGCACGGAGAAUAUCCAUCGCUCAGCCAGCAGUCUAUUAACGGUGAUUAAUGAUAUCUUGGACUUCUCCAAAGUAGAAUCCGGGCGAUUGGAUGUGGAAGAAGUCCAGUUCAGUCUGAGUGUGGUAUUGAGGGACGUCAACAAGAUGAUGUCUUUCGCAGCACAAAGAAAAGGUCUAGCCUAUCAGAGCUUUAUCCAAGAUGAGGUUGAGAUGGAUUUAAGGGUAAUGGGAGACCCCGGUCGAUUACGGCAAAUUCUGAUCAAUGUCUUGACCAACAGUAUCAAGUUUACAUCAGUGGGCGUUGUCAAACUCACAGUCGGCAUCAGCCGUGAGACAAAGAACACAGUCACAGUGAACUUCACUGUCAGUGAUACGGGUAUCGGGAUAGAGGAAGAAGUCCGGAAGCGGCUUUUCCAACCCUUCAGUCAGGCAGACUCAAGUACAGCCAGACGAUUUGGAGGAACUGGCUUGGGUCUGGCCAUCAGUAAGAAUCUUGUCGAACUUAUGAAAGGUCAGAUCUGGUUGGAUUCAAAACUGGGCCAGGGCACGACUGCAACCUUCUGGAUACCGUUCAGUAAGGUACCUUGUGCGAACGAUGGGUCGCCUCUCGUGAAUCUGGAGUCCAUUCCAGAUCGACUUCAGAGUGAUAUGUCAGUAUCCUGUGGCAGUUCCGAGGGACAUACACCGCCGAUGACGCCUCAAAUUACGAAUGGACAUACGCAAUCCCAUCCAGCAAAUUCUUAUAUUCCAGAUCAAUGGAUGAGUCUUACCGAAAGCGAACGACAAAAAGUGCACAUUUUAGUUGUCGAAGACAACCACAUCAACCAGCAAAUCGCAUUGAAAACGAUCACGAAAUUCCACUUCUCGGUCAACGCCGUAUGGAACGGCCAAGAAGCGCUCGAUUACCUCGAGCAGGAGUUUAGUCCAUCACAUCCACGGCCUGAUAUUAUUUUGAUGGAUGUUCAGACAUGUCGAUUUUCGACAGGACAAUCACUGACAGCCUUUGCACAGAUGCCCAUUCGGGAUGGCUAUUCUGCUACCCAUGCGAUACGGACAGAAGCUCCCUGGCGCAACCGACCUGAAAUUCGCGGUGUUCCCAUUGUUGCUAUGACGGCCAGUGCGAUUCAAGGGGACAAGGAGAAGUGUGUUUCGUGUGGGAUGGAUGACUACUUGGCCAAGCCUGUCAGAGGCAAGCUGCUCGAGAAGAUGCUUGUCAAAUGGGCCAUUGAGGGGCGGCGAAAAAGGGCUAACAUCAUGCUAUCCAAAAGUAUAGCUGAUCAACAUGGCGUUGCAGUCAAGCCAACCCAAACUUCCGCAGCGAGCCUUAGUGCGAAUGAUCUCCCGCAAUCACUAGAGACGCCCAUUCCAUCGCCUGAAACAACGGCGCAAGCACUGACCGCUUCACUUGACCGCCUCAACCACCACAGCGACGCGGCGUUUGCGAGGACCGCUGAGGAUGAAGGCGACCGGGCUAUGCGACGAAUCAAUGCAGAGGAAAGAGAUACCAAACUACGGGACGAAAAGCUCCUAUCUCUUGCAAGACCGCAGGCCAUGCACCACAGCAGUUCUCAGGGGCAAGAAACGGAACCAUGUAUGCCAUUGACGGAAGAGAACAUUGAGAAGCUUGCCCACGAACAGGUUGGAGAUGCCCCUGUAGCUUGA